UCUCUGUUCAUCUUCAACAGUUUCGUAUUUUGUUUGGAUCGCUUGCAAGUUCCGAUUCUCUGGGCUCUGGUUUCCUCUGUAAAUCGAAAGAUACGUGUACGAAGAAAGCAACUAUUUUGGUGGUUUUGAUUGUAAUUUCGCUUUCUCUGUCGAAAUCUCUCGGAAUUGCUGAUCCCUCGUUGUUCAUUCUCGUGUUGGAAUUUCUCCCCGUUCGAUCAGAAUCUCUUCCUGUUCUACAGAAUUUUUGAAGCUUCAUUAGGCUUUGAAGAUGGCUAAUCAAGGUGGUUCGUCGAGGAAAAGCCUCUCGUUCUCCGGAAACUCGUUCCAGGGGAGGAAGAAAGCUUCCGAAAAUGAGGGCGGAAGCUCCGACCUUCCUUCUCGGAGAUCCCUCACGCCUUCUCGUUCCUCCAUGAGUUUGACCGGCGAGAGGAGCGGAGAAAGGACAGUAAAAAGAUUGCGGCUUUCAAAAGCCCUUACGGUACCUGAUAGCACGACUCUCCAUGAGGCUUGUCGAAGGAUGGCUGCACGUCGAGUUGAUGCAUUGUUGUUGACUGACUCUAACGCUUUACUUUGUGGAAUCCUUACAGACAGGGACAUAGCAACAAGAGUGAUUGCAAGGGAACUUAAUCGUGAAGAAACUCCUGUAUCUAAAGUUAUGACCAAGAACCCUGUCUUUGUUCUUUCUGACACUAUUGCUGUGGAAGCUCUGCAAAAGAUGGUGCAAGGAAAGUUUAGACAUUUGCCAGUUGUAGAGAAUGGGGAAGUUAUUGCCCUGCUAGAUAUAGCAAAAUGUUUAUAUGAUGCCAUCGCUCGGAUGGAACGAGCGGCUGAGAAAGGAAAGGCCAUAGCUGCUGCUGUGGAAGGGGUAGAGAAGAACUGGGGAACAUCUGCCUCUGGCCCUAGUACUUUUAUUGAGACACUUAGGGAGCAAAUAUUCAGACCUUCGCUUUCCACAAUAAUUCCGGAGAAUUCAAAGGUUUUAAAGGUUGGAUUAGAUGAGACGGUGUUAGCAGUAACAAAGAAGAUGGUUGAGUUUCAGCUGAGUUCAGCUGUGGUGAUGACUGGCAACAAAUUACAAGGGAUUCUGACAUCGAAGGAUAUUUUGAUGCGGAUUAUAGCCCAAAAUCUUCCUCCAGACUCGACAACUGUGGAGAAGGUCAUGACGUCAAACCCGGAAUCCGUGACAGUUGACACAUCCAUUGUUGAUGCUUUACAUAUCAUGCAUGAUGGGAAAUUUUUGCAUCUUCCUGUAGUAGAUAAAGAUGGAGAUGUCAUUGCCGUUAUCGAUGUAAUUCAUAUCACUCAGGCUGCUGUUACUACGGCUGGGAGUAUGGCUGGAAUUAGUAACGAGACAGCAAACUCAAUGAUGCAAAAGUUUUGGGAUUCUGCCAUGGCCUUACCUCCUAAUGACGAUGAAGAUGAGUCGAGGAGUGAAGAGGGAUCCAUGAAAUUAUCUUCAGAGAUAGAUGCGGGAAAAUCGUUUUCCUAUUCCAAGACAUUCACUUUCAAGAUCCAGGACAAGAAAGGCAGGAUGCAUAGAUUUAUGUGCGAAACACAGAGCUUAACGAAUCUUAUAACAGCGAUCCUUCAGAGAAUGGGGGAUGACAUUGAUCCCGACCGCUUGCCUCAGAUCAUGUAUGAAGAUGAAGACCACGACCAAGUAAUGUUGGCAUCGGAUAGUGAUCUCUCAGCUGCUGUGGAGCAUGCGAAAGCAAUUGGUUGGAAGGGUUUGAAACUGCAUUUGGAUUACACGAAAAGAAGAGGAGACGAGAGAGUUUCGAGCUCGGAGACUAUGGGGUACGAGCAUUCAAACUCGUGGGCUGCCGCUUACAGAACAGUUGCGGCAGGGGCCGCUCUUGCAGCGGGGCUCGGAGUACUAGUUUACCUCAAACGACACGGGAACUAAACAAAUUCGGUUUCUUGGAGAGGCACAGGUGAAUUCGUUUUUCCUUCAACACAUUGGCUUCUCUUUUCUUUUGUUUCAUGCUAACCAUUUAUAACCUGCGAUGGGAAUCUGUUGUUAACCUUCUCGGUUUUGGAUGAGUUAAAGAGGAAAAAGAGUGAAUCUCUUCUCUCAUCCUUUGCCUAAUAUACACAUACACUAUAUCGUUAUGUAAAUACCGAAAUAAGCGUACAUUUUAUAUGACUGACUGACUAUGAUUCUCUC